ACUGAGUAGUUUUCAGUGGCUCGAACGCUCAAUAUGGGUGAAAUCUGGAAGGUGUGCCAUGGGAGUGACGCGUUCGCCAUUGGCGUGGAGAGAGGUCUGUGAAGUGACGUCAGCCUACUACCGGAUCAACACAUCAACUAUUUUCGUUGUAAACCAAAUAAUAACAGUGCAAAAAACAAACGAACUUAGUGCUUCUAAAUUAAUAUUGGAUUUUUUCAAAGACAUUUUACACAUCUAAACUACAGUGUCUGGCAGUGAAAAUUUUCGUUGGGUAGUGUGGUGAUAAUGCAGUGAGCCCAGUAGUGGCUGUGGGCUUCGGCCUUGGAGGUUCGUUGAGGUUUUUUCCGAGUCCGUCGCUGCGCGCUGCGUCGAUGGGAGAAGCGCGUUGGUGCCCGCAAGUCCGGCGUACUGCGCGCCCUGCCCGCCAUUGUUCGGACUGAAAUGCUGCCCCUAACCGCAUAAGCGGUGUUUGGAUACUGUGUAGUGGAUACCGAUAGUGCUCGCUUUGGAUACAAGUGUCGUUGGCGGUGCCCGCGCGGGCGUUGCUCGCUGUGCUGCCCUCGCCGUGCUAUGUUGCGAUGGUGGUCUUAGCGGGCCGCGCGGGCCGCACCAGCGCUGUGCUGCCCUCCGUCGCCCUCGCCGCGCGAGCUGCGCUAGACCCCGCCGCGUCACGUGGGACAGGGCCUAGCCGGGCCAGGGGCCCCCACAGCCCCCGCAGCCGGGCCGGCCUAGCAGAACGGGCCGCCUAACCCUUCCAUGUUUGUUUUCAGUGAGUGGUCUGUGAUGGGUGUCGGCCAAACCUCGCGAAUGGGUCGCAAUCACCCUAAACCGGCGACUAUAAACAAUGACAAUAGUUUGCCAGUGUGAUGCCACUAUGUGUGAGUGUUUAGGACAGCGUGUGAUGUGUGACUUUGUCUGUCUGUAGGAACUGACUGAACAAUCUCAUGGAUGAGUGAGAUUAGGAGAAGGCUUGGAGCCAGAUGUUGUCAUGGCCCCAGCCUUGACGGAACCUGGUCAAACUCAAAACUUCAAGUUGCUCUCAUCACAUUCGUCACCUGCAUCCCCAACGGCUGCAGUGCGUGCUGUGAGCGAUGAGAUAUUCUUCUGUGAUGUGGCCCGGCAUUUGAAGAGUGAUAACAUCCUCAAUGGUGACAGUGUUUGCAUCAAUGGAACUAAGUUGAAAGCCAGCUUGGGCAACCUCAAGCCAAAUCGCCCUCGCAUUGUAAUCCCUGCUGAGUCUUGCGUCGCCCCGUGCCUCGACGUAGUCUCGGAUUGCAAGGGAGUAAACGGAGACAGUAGCCUUAUGAUGAAUAGUGAUUCUUCCAAUCAAGAUCAAUCUAAUAACAUGGGCUUACAGAAGUCACAUCCAGGCAUGGCACCUACGUUGGAAGCAGGAAGUUUCCUGAAGGAAAGCUUCCUUCCACCAGAAGUGGACCAGCUGUUCAAGAAUUUGGGUGCAGCAAUCAAUAGCAGUGAUAUUGGUCCCAAUAUGGAUGAACUGCUUCAAGUUUUCAAGAGUAUGGAAUCAACUGUGGAGGAUGGAACAUUAGAUGAGGCUUUGUCAGCAGCACAACAAGUUGAAAAUGUUGAGUCGGAUGGUCUUUUUCCGAUACCUGAUGGAGCUGACCUAACCACAGCUUUUAACUUUGAAAGAGAUAUUUUCAAUGAAGUGGAAGAUAUCAAUAUGUGUGUAGAUUCUCAAGUGCAUAUUCCUGAUGCAGUUGAUGCAGAUACAACCCUGCAGCCUGCCAAAGAGUGUAAUGCCAAUGAAAGAAUUGAAGAGGCCAGAAAAAAACAAUUCCAAUCAGAGCGUCGCUGUGAGUUUUUACUGCGGCGUCUCCGAAAACUUCAAGCCAAAAGUAUGGGAAGGCAUGCCAGUGAAGAAGUCAAUGGGUUAAUGCAAGAAACUCAAAGACUAAUGGUGGAGGCACAGACACAGGCUCAGUCUGAGGAAGUGAGUCGAGAUAGGAGACUUCCUAGAACUAUUUCUCAAAUGUUAAGACAAUUUGAGGAGUCUGCUCACUCAGCAGCCAACGGCCGUGUUCCUCAGCAUCGCUACUUUGGCUCGGGUUCAAGUGAUCGGACAGCAACAGUGCCCUCUGGUCAGGACGCUGUGGAAAUUAGUGCAGACGUCAGAGUGGAAGUGGAGAAGGUGGCUGGCCAACUUCAUACCCAGUUCCGCAUGGUGGAAAAUGCCAUGGAUUCAGACGUAACUGCGAGCAGUUCAGGUGGUGAAAGCUGUGAUGAAAUGGUCUCCUACAACAACCCCCAUCAGCAACCCUUGUCAAUAAUGAAGAGGGCUGCCUGGAAGUGGGCCCAGGAACGAGCGGGAGUGGCCAGUAGAUGGACUUGGCUUCAAGCGCAGAUCUCUGACCUGGAGUACCGGAUCAGGCAGCACACUGAGAUCCAUAGACAAAUACGCUUAAAUAAAGGAGAGGUGAAGUUGAGUGAAUCGCUUGGCCAGGGAGUGGAGUCAGCUCAGACCCUGAACGGCUUCCACACCAACUCCGUUGAUGGAGUAAAAGACCCCCCAGAGUGUAUGGGAGCCACUGGGACUUGUCGUACAAGACCUUUCAUAAGGACUAACUUCCGAAAAAGAAGAUUGUUAAAUACGGCUGGUCUACAUUUGGUUUCCAAGAAAGCAGCUCGUCCAUCAAACAUUCGCUGUGGGUGCCGGUUACCCUUGGCUUGUUGUGCACUUUGCACUGGACGUAGUGAUCCUACAUAUCCCAGGGAACAACCAGAACAGCUCACUGUUCAGGAGAGGAUUGCUCUGCUUGACCCUGCCUACCAUCCUGUGCUUUCUUUUCCGAGUGCAGAUGUUCCUCAGAGUAUACACCUAGAAGCUCUUAUGAGAACCCCUGAGUGGCAACAAAAAAUGCAGCGGGCUGCACACAAAUCUUCUCAGAGGGUGAUUGAAAGACGGGAAAGGGAGAGGGAGAGAGAGCGUGAAGCUUAUGAUGAGCUUCGAAGUAAGAAACUUGUUGUAGAUCACAGGAAGAAGUACCAGAGGCUGAAGAAACCAGGCCAUACUCUCGCAAAUAUCCAAAAAAUUAAAAAGAAACUUACCCGAGGAAGGAAGCCGAAGAACCAUGAUGCUGAAAGUUUAUUGAGGCAUAAGAGAAAGCACAAGUUUCGGCGAAAUUCAUCACUUGCUCAUGCAGGUUAUGAUGAGUCGUGUCCUGAUGAGCUUCGGGUGGACAUUUCGGGCAGUGGGCAUCCCUCACCUGCACCUUCUCCAGGGGAUGAAAGAAUUCAUUCGUUUGCAGUAGAGAGAACAGAGGCACUAAGGAGAAAGCGAGAAAACUCCUAUGAUAUUGACAACAUAAUGAUUCCACACAGCCUUGCAUCAUCAGCACGAGUUGAAAAAUUGCAGUAUAAGGAAAUCUUGACUCCCAAGUGGAGAUUAGUUGAUCCUGAGCCAGCAUUGGAUUCCAAAAAUGGUGGUGUCCGAAGAUCUAGUCAUGAGAGUGAUGUUGAGGAUGUAAGUGAUGAAACUAUGAUGUUGAGGCAUGAGCGCUGUGAAAUGGAAGAACGCAAGAAGUUUAUGGCUUAUGUCAAAAAUGCCAAUCCAGGGAGAACUCGCACACAUCGGAGAACUGAUAGUAGGGCUGGCAGUAGUGGGGCCAACACACCUGAUCCAAUGUCACCAAAUACACCAGCAGAUCUAUUAGGAGAUGGGAUGUCUCCUAUAACAUCACCACCAGGAACACCUGGGGGUUCUACUGCAGAGCAUGAACCUUGCACAUCCUCAAGUGUUGUAGCCUCUAUAGCCAGCCACUUUGCUCGACGAAGCAGGACUUUGUCUCAGUCUAAGCUAGCCAGAGAGGAGUUUGCUCGUUCAGCUACCCCAGAUUACGAUGAUGUUGCACCUUAUGAGCCCCGUUCAUUCCCACUCUCUGAUGAAGCAUAUGAGAAGAUGCUCAAAGUGAUGCCUGAAUGGUACCCUGCUCCACCCUACAUGGAAAGUAAUCCUUCAAGUGUUAUUGACCAGAAUGAGCUGACAGAUGUGGACAUGCAGGAUAAUGCCGAUCCAGUUGGGGAAUCCUUACCUGGCACACCCAGCACUGAUACUGAUUCGGCCCCUGGAGAAGAGGAUCCAAAUGAUCCAGAGUGGACCAUAGGGGAGAAGGAAUCUGCUGUCAAGAGAUAGUGUUUUAAAGUAGGAAACCAUGCUGUGAAAAAUGCACUGCAACUAAAAUGAAAACAUACCAAAAAAAUGUAAUCUAGAUACCUAUGUAUAUGGUGACAUCUAUAUAUAGAGUAUGUGUGAAAGUGUUUGAACACACAUGGCUGGAAUAGUUACAGCUUCUCAUUUGAAGUUGCCACCUGACUGUGUUAAUUCACUUUCAUAUCAAGUCAUUAAUUUGUACGACUAUAUUUUACCUGGUUUGGUGUUACAGGGAGAGGUGGACUUGUUUAGUACCUAAUUGUGAAACAGAAAAAAAUCUGAAAUUUCAAAAACAUAAGAUUCUUCCUGUUUUUAUUUAUGUAUUAAAAAGGUAAAUUGUUUUUAUUUGUAAAGAAACAAAGCUAAUAAUAGUUUGACAAGUGGUUUAAAGUUAUAAUUUCUUGCGCAAUUUUUGUUAUCCUUGUUACUACUUUUCUUCAAACCACCCAUUGUUCCAACAGUACAAUUGGCAAUGCACUUGGCUUUCUAUUAUUACAGUGUUAGUAGUUUUAUGAACCGAGCAUCUAUCUUCCUAACAUGGCUUAUUUCUACCCAGUCCAAGAAGGUGUCUUGCUUUUUUUGUCUGUGGUUUUUGUAAGAAAAAGAAAAUAUUGAUGUACCUGUGGGAUACUUCCAUAUUGUGAAUUAUCUAUGUACUCUUCAGUGUUGUACGAAUGUAAUAACUACUGGUAUUGCCUAAAUAGCUGAUAUAUGCAAGAUGAUCAUCUUGACCUACUAGGGCCGUAUGAUUAGGCAGGUUGCAAAGUAAUAUGUUCUUUAUUGUCCAAUUUUUGCCUUUAUGUGUCCUAUAUGAUGACGUUAUGUAUUUCAUGUAUAUCACCUAUUGUCUUAACAGUAGUUUAAACAUAACUCUAGGGUAUCUAAAAUUGCAGAGUGAGUAAAAUUGAAAAUUUAUAAAAAAAGAAUAUAAAUGUAAUGUAUCUUAUAUAUUAAUAUAUAUCCAUGACUAUAUUCAUAUUUUCUUUGUCAUGUGUAGGUAGAUAUGGUAGUGUGAUCUCUCGGUUUUCGUAUCUAAGUACAGGCUUUGUUUCUACCAUAAAGAAUCUUAUUUAUGUGUCUACAUACACUUCAGUAAGAGAUUUGUUGUUGAUCUGUUUUGCAUUACAGAGUUGUUUAGUGACAAACUGCCUUUGCGGCUAGUUUUUGCUAGGAUGAGUGUCACUUAUGUUAAUUACUAUUUGUUUCCUUUUUGUGUUUCAACUGUUUCAAAACAAUUGUACCUAUCAUUUUAAGUGAACCAUGUUGAGACUCAUGGACUGAAGUGUUAGAAUUUUAUGUCACUUAUUUAGAAACUGUAUAUAAUGUAAAUGUCUGUAAUAAAUUACAACUUAUAAAUAUUGUCAGUAUUGUAGUGUAAUUUUAUACUUAUUUUGUAGUUGUGCUCUGUGACUGUGAGGAGAAUGUGCAAAUUAAAUUGAAUGAAUCAUAGUUAAGCAUUUUUAUAAACUGUGUUCCUUUCCUGACCUUGAACAUUAUAGCACUUUCAGUAAGUUCUUUGUCCUAUAAGAGUAAACUGUGUUGGUAAAUAUGUUAAGUAUGUACCGUACUAUAUUAAUUCUAAACAUAAAACUUUUGUCUCUUUCAUUAUGAGCACCACAUUCAUUUGGUCUGAUUUGCACAGUUCUCAAGAGUGGUGGACUGUGAAUGUGGGUGAGUAGCAUUGUCUUUUUUUUUUGCUUUCCAACUUGUCUGUGAGAGAUGUACUAAGUUUGCCUAGUUUCUUUUUAAUCUGAUAUUUUGACGAUAGGAAAAAAAACUCUGCUUCUUGCAUCCCAAUUAAUGUGUGUUUGCCUAUCUAUGACCACUUGAUGUCCUAAUAUGGAACACUAUUGAUAUUUCUCGGAACUGAAAAAUUUAAAAUGAGAUUGUUUAUGUUAAAGGUGUGAAAGGUGAAAAAUUUUCAUGUGUUGAAAACUGAUUAAGACUGUUAAAAAAUUAAAUUUGGUGCUAACAUCUAA